AUGGCGGUGGAGGGGAUAACCGAGGGCGUGAGGGGCCUCAAGGUGGAGGACGGCGAGGGGGCGGCGGGCGCCGCGGCCGACGCGCCGGCCGCCGCCGCCGCCGCCGGGGAGGGGCAGAGGCGGGGCGCCAGCGGCAGCAGCAACCGCAUCCAGGUGUCCAACACCAAGAAGCCCCUCUUCUUCUAUGUCAACCUCGCCAAGAGGUAUAUGCAGCAGCACGGCGACGUCGAGCUCUCCGCGCUCGGGAUGGCCAUUGCGACGGUUGUGACUGUGGCGGAGAUUCUAAAGAACAACGGCCUCGCUGUUGAGAAGAAGAUUAGGACAUCCACAGUGGAAAUAAAUGACGAAUCUAGAGGCCGCCCAUUCCAAAAGGCCAAGAUUGAGAUAGAGUUGGGGAAGAGCGAGAAAUUCGACGAGUUGAUGGCCUCUGCUGCGGCAGACGCCGAAGAAGGCGAGGAGGAGGCCUGA